UCUCAACACUAUCCCCUUCCCACUCCCCCACAGCGACGGCCGACGGCCUCACCGCGGCGCAAAAUCCCCCACCACCGCGAGGAUGUUCCCGUGCCGGCCGCUGGUGUCCCCGCCGCUGCCGCGGGCCCUCGUCGCCGCGGCGCCCGUCUCCGUGCGGCGGCUGCCGUGGCCGUCGUCGUGGUCGCCGACGUCGCUGCGCGUGGUGCGGUGCAUGGCCAAGGAGCGGCGGGUGCGGAUGGUGGCGAAGCAGAUCCAGCGGGAGCUGGCGGACAUGCUGACCCGCGACCCCGUGAUGCAGCGCGCCGUCCUCCCCGAGGCCGCCCUCGGCGCCGACCGCUACCUCUCCUCCCUCACCACCAUCGCCGACGUAGAGCUCUCCAACGACCUGCAGGUGUGUAAGGUGUAUGUGUCCGUGUUUGGGGACGAGAGGGGGAAGAAGGUGGCCAUGGCCGGGCUCAAGGACAAGACCAAGUACGUCAGGAGCCAGAUUGGGAAGCGGAUGAAGCUGCGACUCACGCCCGAGAUACGGUUCAUCGAGGACGAGUCCAUGGAGCGCGGAAGCAGGAUUCUUACUAUACUGGACAAACUAAAGGAGGAAAGGGAGCAGAGAGAAGGUAAUGGUGAAGAAGAGGAUGGAGAAGCUUCAGAUAUGGCAGAAGAAGAAGAUGGUGACUGGGAGGGGGAUGAGCCAGAUGAGGAGGACAUAAUUUAUGUAAAAUAGCCCACCCCUUCUCAAAUCUCGGUCACCAUUCGAUCAACUUCAGAGCUCAUCAGUUCUUGUAGAGUUUAGUUCCACGUUCACCUCGUUGACAAAGCGCUCCAUGGUAUCUCACUGCUUGAAGAGCUUCGCAGAGACGUCUGCUGCCAAUUAGAAGAAUCAAGGCAAUAUCCAUUCUUUCAAGACUGACGAUAUCUAAAGCCAAUUUAUAGGACGCGCUAUCAUCAUACUAUGUUCACCGGAUCAGUAUCUGACCAUCAAUAGGAGACAGUUUCCACUGAUGUCCAUCCUUGUCUGUAUGCUAACUGGUCCCUGUUAUGUUAUGUCCACCUGCUGUGUGUCUGUUCAUCUUAAUGAACAUGGAGCUAGGCAGUUGCCUUUCAGUUUUCAGUUCUCUAUUUGGUCUUUUACAUGUUUGUUUCAAUUGUUUUCUGGUGCAAAGGCCAAAGGCAGAUAGGCAAUGUUGUCUGGUGGUUCCUUUUUGGUAGUGGUCCUGCAACUGUAAGAUGCAAAUGCCAAAGGCAGACAGGCAAUGUUAAACUACUU